GAGAGAGAGAGAAAGCAAAAGAGGGUGAGAGAGAGACAGACAGAGAUAGAGAAGGCUGAAACACAGAGAGUGAAGUAAAUAAAAAAUGCAAGAAAGACUGUACAGUGACGCAGUGCUUCUCUGUCUACUUUAGGUGUACGAAUUCUGUGGAGGCAGCGUGAUACAAGGACUAUACAUUUCCUGUCUCCUAUCAGCCGGAUUUACUCCGAAAAGGGCAUCAAUGACCAUUGGACCAUAUACUUCUCCACAAUAUUGCAGGCACUAAAGGUGGACUUUUAACAAGUGCAGUGACAAUGCAGGAGCAUCUCUCAGUCCAGCACAUGGGCACCAGGAGCACAAAGUUCUCCUAGUAGUGAGGUUUGUCCUGGGCUUCGUCCGGACUACCAUGACUGACCUCCUGGCCAACCUGAGUGUUCCAUGGGGCACACAGGCGAUUGUGUGCCCCAACCUGACAGCAGCAGCCCUGGUUGUGCCGGGGUCAGGCAAGUCUCUGGCCCCCUUCUGCACCUUCUGCUGCUGUGGCCUGCUGAACCGUACCCUGGCCGUGAUGUUUAUGGUCAGUCUGGCCUUCGCCAUAGUGGUGGGCAACGUGGUCACGCUCACCGUCUUCAUGCAGACAAGACAGGUCCGUACACCACAGGGAUACCUCAAAGUCUCUCUGGCCAUAGCGGACAUGAUGGUUGGAGUGCUGGUGGUUCCUUUCUCUGUCUACACUGAGAUCUCUCUGAUGGUGACCAGCUCCCCUCCUGUCUGGUACCAGGGGGGCACUGACCCCUCCAUGGGGGGCCUGGUGGGACCCUGGCAGCCCUGCAUGCUGAUUGGUCCAGUCUUCGCUGGCUGUACGUUUGUCUCCAUCAGUACUAUUUUCCUGAUGACGGUAGAGCGCUGUGUGGCCAUCUUAUGGCCCCUACAUAAGGACCACCUGGUGACACGGAGACGCACCCUGUUUCUCAUCCUCUUCUCCUGGGCAGGCAGUUACCUUCUGGCCUUGGCCCCCCUCAUCCUCAGCAACAACUUCACACUGGAGUACAGUGAGUGCAGCCGGAUGUGUAACUACGUCCCCCUGUGGGAUGGAGUCACGCUGCCCUCUGACGCCAACAUCCUCCUACUGUUCCCCGUGUUUGACUUUACGCUGCUGGGCGGCACCCUGGUAUUCAACAUCGUGUCCUUCACCAGCAUCCGCCGCUACACACGCAAACGUAAGCUCAUGUCAGAGGGGAAUGUGGGGGUCGAGGGAGGGGGAGGCGGCUGCCAACAUAGACCCUCCUUCUCUGACAUCAAGGCCGCCAAGACGAUCAGCAUUCUGACGUUUGCCUUCACGGCUUCCUUCACCCCCAUCGCUGUGUUUGUGCUGGGCAACGUGGUGGGCUUCACCUGGUGCAACUUCUCCUUUGUAGCCUUCUGGAUCCUGACUGGGAACAGCUGCUGUAAUGUGAUAAUAUACAGCGUGAGAGACCAGCGCUUCAGGAAAGGAGUGACUCUGCUUUUUCAGAGGGAGCAUUCACCUACCCACGGGGAGAAAGGCGGAGCUACCCCCCCCACUCACCUUGUGACUACAACCCCACCUCCUUAAACUAUUUUGAAAAGACAACCAGUGCCCUUUUCUUUAACUUUACUAUGGAGAGAGGGGUUUAAUCAGCAUUUAACUUCAGGUUUAAAAAAAUACUUUUUUCACUGUGUCUAAAUAAUGAAAGAUAACUGUAGCUACCCUAUGUGGGAUCUAGUAGUUGCCAGCAUCAUUUAAAUCAUAUGACUCAAGCCGUCUCAUUGGACUAGGUUAGAUAUCUGUGGGGGAUAUCUUAAUAACAUGCACUUUAUCAUAGAGAUGUAAGUAAUGCAUGGUUUUCAUUUGUUUUGUGACCAUCCAGAAACAUGUUCAUUUUGCACAAUUUUCUCUAUAAUAGCUUUUAUUUUUGCUACAAUACCAUUAUAUUCAUGAGGAUGGCCUAAUCAAAUGUGCGUGAAUGAAUUGUAAGAAUGUUUUGAAUCUAAAUGAAGAGAGAUGUUGAUGUUUUGUAUAGUUAUGGGCAAUUCGACGGGUCCGUCAUCUGUACUACACAGUAAUGCAUAAUUAUGGUUAGGAAUGUCAUUCUCUUCAAGGUGAUGUAUCCUAAAUAGGUACAGAAAGGUUUACAUAUGCAAGAUCUUCUUUUGCAUAUUUGGAUAUUAUUCUACAUACGGGCUAUUAGUUUAAUGAGCUCUGCCCCCAAACAAGACCAAAUUAAAUCUGAACCAAUCAUAGAUGUCUUUGUUUCACAAGUUUAGACAUCAAAGUACAGCACAGUACAAUACAGCACAGUAGAGUGCAGUACAGCACAGUAGAGUGCAGUACAGCACAGUA